GGAGACUCAUUGCAUGCAGAUUACACUCACUGAUGGUUGGCAGUAAAAUAUAUGCAAUUAAGAAAAAUCAUUUGGAAUCAAUUACCUAUGAAUUGAUAUAUACGAAAGCACCUAAAGGUACACAUAAACCAAAGGAAACUGUGCUUGAUAUUUUAAUUUCAAGUCUACGACGCAUAUUAUAUUAUUUGGACAAAAAUCGCUUUCCGUACUAUUGGAACACUAAAGAAAAUCUAUUGUUUCUCAUACGAAAUCAUGAUAGACUAUGGCAUACACACAGGUGUUUGCGCAUAUUAUUGACUAAUAUAAGCAGCAUGCGUGGCAAUACCGGAGUGACAUAUGAAGAUAUUGAAUCCUUUUUUGGUGUACAGACAAACGCAUAUGUGUACAAUGUGGAUGAUUUUGGUGUUUACCGAAAUUUUUCUAACAAUGCGUAAAUAAUUUUACGCUAACAUUGAACUUUUGAAACCCUAAAUAUUUAACCUUAGAACUUCGUUUUGAUAUCAAAUAUUCUCAUUUUUUAUAAUAAUAAUGCUGAUAAAAUGCAUUUCUUAUUUUCAGUACAGGUAGUAUAUAUUCGUAUAUAUCGUAUAUAUAAAUGCCACAUUUAUAGCUUGGAUAUGUAACCACAUGACUUUAUAUACGAAAGUUUUUUUCGUACAAGAUAUUGCUUGUUAUUAUAUGCCAAACACUUUGAAUUAAUAAAUUCAUGAUUUUCGUUAUAUAAAUUCUA